AUGGUCUCUCUCCUCCGUCUCUGCAGCUUCCUCCUGGCUGCUGGAUCCAUACUUGUUCAGGGUUCACCCAUCAUUGCUCCCUCUAUACCACCAUGCGAACCUCCAAGUAACUUCACCGGCCCUAGUAACUUCACAAGCAGGCCUGGAAACGGAGCAUCCCCAUUCUGGCUCAUCGCACAUCGCGUGCUGACCAAAGAUGGCGUUAAAGCUGCCCUGGGCCAUGGAGCCAACGCUCUCGAGAUGGACAUAACGGGGUGGUGGUCUGGAUGGUUCGGCGAUCACGAUGGACUACUCACGAGCGCAGGUGAUACGGUAUCGGAUUUGUUCGAUGAAAUUGCGUCUCGACGCACUCAGGGAGACCCAGUGAGCUUUGUAUGGCUGGACCUUAAGAAUCCCGACUUCAACAAGAAUGGAGUGAACAUCGUUUCCCUGAUGAUUCUCUGCCGAGAGAAACUUGAAAAGGUUGGAGUGAGAGUUCUGUAUGGGUUUUACUCCUCCCAAACCAACGGCCCUUCCUUCAAAUUUGUCAAACAGGUAAUGAACGAGAAUGAGGCCAUUGGUAUUGACGGCAAAUUCGAGACUGUUGAAAAGGAUUUCGAGGAAAAGGGUAUCCCGCUCCAGAAGCGCGUUUUCUCUUCGGGCCUUUUUAAUCCAGAUUUCAAUUUCGGCAAUUGUGAAGUACACAGCAGUGGGGUUUGCGCACAACUUCGCGAAGGCAAGGAAUCACACGAAUUCAGCAAAGUUUUUGGUUGGACGGUUUCAUCAUAUACCAGGAAGGAUCAUGUUUACAAGAUGAUGGAAGUCGGUGUUGAUGGCCUUAUCUAUGGGUUUGUUGCUUCCCAUUAUUACGACCACGCGGAUAUCCGUCACACACUCAGCACUAUUCGGGGAUGGCUUGAAGAGCAUAAGGAUACGCACCGCCUUGCCACUGUUGAUGACAACCCUUGGAGCAGCAUGUCGAAAAAAGGGAGCAGCAAAAGUUCAUGGGUAAAGGGCGAGGUCCCAUCAAUAGCUCACUGA